GUCGGGCAGGAGAGAGUGAAGGAAGGAAAGCCAUGGAGAAGACCCGGCGGCCCGUAGUGGUGACUGUUUGAAAAGCUUUGAAGCUGAAAUAGGCUGACCUCGCAUAAAUGCUGUCACUGUCUUGGGCUAGAUGUUCCACUGGUUGAGAGUGGAGGUGUUUGAUUUUAUGGGGAGUCCAAAGCAAGAAAGAUGGGAAGGCAACAAAUGGUUCGGUCCAUUUGGGGAAUAUUCUGUCAACGCCAGUUGGAUCGCAGUUCAGGAAUUGGAGAAAAUGGGCCUCGGAGAGGAUGUGGAUCUACAUGUCUAUGAAAUUCCUGUUGAGUACCAGGCUGUGCAAAGACUUAUUCCUGCCUUAUGGAAGAAACACAGCCCGCAACUUGUAGUUCACGUGGGGCUGUCUGGCAUGGCCACAACGGUGACGUUGGAAAAAUGCGGCCACAACGUGGGCUACCGGGGCUUGGACAACUGCCACUUCUGCCCAGGUUCUGAAUGCUGUAUUGAAGGGGGCCCAGAAUGCAUUGAUUCGAUCAUCGACAUGGACGCCGUGUGCAAGAGAGUCUCUGCGUUAGGACUGGAUGUCACCGUCACAAUAUCAGAAGAUGCUGGAAGGUAUCUGUGCGACUUUACGUAUUACACUUCCCUGUACCAGAGCCAUGGCCGAUCUGCAUUUGUCCACGUGCCUCCCUUGGGAAAACCCUACAGUGCAGAACAGCUGGGCCGUGCACUUCAGGCCAUCAUAGAGGAAAUGCUCAAUGUCUUAGAACACUCUGAGAGCAACAUCAACUGUCACAAUGAACAUUGAACCUGGGCCAAAGUCCCCGCCUCUUUACUUUCUUCAUUGUUGCACUUCCAAAAACUUCCUCCUGUCCUUGCAGAAUCCCGGGUGGGGAAAUGACUCCCCCUGGCAGCGUCCAUGUAGAGGAUUGAGAACAGAAAUGGAUUCCUGGCACUCUGAGGAGACAAGUGUUUUGUGCCCUCCUUUGCUUCUCUUCCAAUUCCAGCCAAACCAGCUCUCGCUAGCUUCCCAGUGUCACAGUCAGCAUUUAGUUCCUGCAGAGGCUGGUCAGUGAAUUGAGAGGAUCUGCCAUUUAGGUGAUGGCUCCAGUUGUCUGAUGUCCUCCAAUUUAAUUUUGCAAGGUCUUUUGGUUUCAGAAGAACAGGAUGAUCGUUCCACGUCAACUUGUAGCAGCGCUUUCAGUUCAAAGUGCGGGACCCUCGCAGGAAGUACUGUUCCCUUUGCAGGAAGAUGGAAGCUUUUUUCUUCACUGCUGAAAACCGAUUCCUCCAAUUCACACCGUAGAGUUCUGCUCUUCAUGGUGAACGCUUGGUGACUGGAAAGAGAAGCGGGAGCAUUUCCUUUAAUCGACACCUCAUGCCAAAUCCAUUGGGGGCUUUUUUAAAAAAAAGAACAGAUCUCUUUGAAUAUUGCCUUUCCUGACUUCAGUAGCCACAUAUUGGUCUGAAAUGUAGAGCUUCUGUUCUUAAGACUCUUCUGGGCAGCUGGCUUAAUGUGCCCUAGGAACUGGUAUCUUCCCCCUCUCCCCAAAUAGUCCCACCGUAGCUGUCUUUCCCAGUGCCUCAAAGCUAGAUGCUGCUCAGAUGUCCCUUUGUACCUUAGAAAAAUAACACGGUACAUAUCCUUUUCUAAACUCUUCUGCUCUGCUGGGGAGGGAUGAGACUCUGGAUCCAGAUUAGGAUUUUUUCAUUUCUACUUGCUAGGAGAAGGGAACGAGGACUUGCUUGUACCAUCUCCUGCUGGGUGAAGGCCUCUGUGGUUCAGCUCCUGUGCCCGGGCAGAAGUUCCCAUGAUUUCUUCACCACAGCAGUCCUCCCAGGACCUUCCUUGGGCUCUUACCUGAGAAAUGCUUGCAUGAUGGCGCCCCUUGCCAGCUCUGUAGAAAAUGAUGCUGCACUUUUUACCUAGAUGGGAUUAGGGUAUAAUAUUCAGUCAAGAGAUUAAAGAUUGUGGGUUUUUCUUUGCUUUUUCUUUUAAAAUGAGCAGUGUUCAACUUCACUCUAAACGGGGAGACUUUUGGGAUGAAGCAGCAGGAAGCAAAUUGUAUGGCAGAAUGGAGACUAAGCCACCCUAAAAUCUUGGACAAUGGAAUUGCCUGAUAAAACUGAGCUGGCCACAAAGAACAAGCAUCUUUUUGCUAAAAACAGUCCUGUUUAAAAUGAAACCCCUUCUUCUUUGCUGUAAAAUCAUUCUUGUUUGAAUCUCCUUUUUUUUUUUUUGUUAAACUAAUUGAUCCUGCUUUUAUAGUAACUCUCAGUGAGAGCUGCCUUGUGCUUGUCUGCUUGCUAAACCCAGUGGUGAUCUGGUUGCAAGACAAAGGCUGCUGGGGAUUUGAAUGUGUGGCAGAACUUCGAGACAGUCUUAUGUGAAAUUCAUCUGUACCCCUUUUGGGGUUGCUUAAAGUUGCUCCUAAAUUUGUUUGCACACCAGCCUCUUACUUGCAUUCAAAUCCCAAGCACCCUUGGAGUGUGGUAAGUCAGCCAACUUCUUCUGUUUCAUUUAAUAAUUUAUUUUAUUUAAUAUUUUUUGUCUGAUGUGAUGGCUUUUGUGCUUCCCCCCUCCCUUUAGCAAAGGUGGGGUCAUGGCACAGGGUCUACAUUUGUUAUUAGAUUUGCAAGCAGUCUUCUUCCUUGGAACACUUUGUAAGAUGGCAAACUCUGCAAGGGGCCUUUUGCCCUUUUUUUAAAAAAAAAAGAUUGAUGCAGUUUGCAGAACAGAAGGCUGCUGUUUUUAGUUCUAAUAAGAAAGUGUAGCUGUGAAAUUUGUAUAAUCUGUUAGAUGGGUGCAGAUAUGCAGAUUGUGUAAAGCCUAUCUCUCUUUGAAAUUAUAAGAAUAGGAGAUCUGGAUAUUUUUUCUUUAAGAUGUGAAAUGGUUUAACAUUUAAAUGCAAGGAAAGGUGGGUUGUCAUGAUAAAGCCCUCCUUUUAGGGGACCAGACUUCCCCCAGUAAUGGUCCCCUUACUGAAAAUUUCUCUCCCUUAUUCCUCCUUUCUUAAAAUUACACUUCCUUUUUAUCAAGUCUGUUUGCUAAGGGAACAGGAUUUUUCAGACUUAACUGGAAAAAACCUUUGCAAGGGUAGAGUGACUUGAUUUCCAAGAAGGGCUUCUUGGAACGGUGAGAAGAUUUGCCCAGUAGCACCAUCUCCUCCUGUGGAUUUGACAAUACUUCAAUUUGCAGAGGGUCACCCUAUGGUUGCCCCAUUUCUGAUAGUGCAAUACUAGUUCAGGGAAGACCGUCCUGCUCUGGCCAUACUGACACCAGGAUUCCUCUGCUAGUUCUCUGCCAUCCAUUGUGCUCCCAUUCUUCCAUGGAGCUUUUAAUCCCUUAGUAAUCAAACCAUAGGCUGGCUGUGUUCAGAAACUUUUGAAUCCAAAACUUUUCUGGAGAACACAAUGCCUUAAACCGAUUGGACUCUGAUUUAGAAUGUUUAUCGGAGACAUACUUAGUAAACAUAGAUUAAAAAUUAUUCGUUUUACGUCCCACUAACUGACAAUAUCAGUUAGUGGGACAUAAAUUAUGACGACAACAAUCUGAAAUGUUUUUUAAACCAGCUGUUUUUACACCAAAAUCCACUGUAUUUAGUGCCGCACAUGUUGUUAGUAUUACAUGCAAACGAAUGCAGAGCUUUGCUUGGAAACUUAUUUUUACUGGAAGAUUGGUAAAUGUCUCAACAGACUAUUCAAUAGUGUCUUAAAAGUGUUUGAAACUGCUGAGAAGACUGAAUUUGGCACAGGAAAGAGGUGUGCAUGUAAUCUAAAACUUCUCAAGAGACCUGUUGCCCAGAAUUUGAGGAGGGAGAGGGGAGAAUAAGGCUUUGGAGUGAUGUUUUCUGGUGGGAGGUGUGCCUUCAUUCUGAAACAGCAGCCAGGGAGACUGCUGCUACUCCUAAUGCAGCGUUUCUCAA